AUGCGCCGCAAGCUCUUGAAAGUUGCUCGGAUCAUGAUAUCCUUGGCUGCAGCUGAUGAAGUUGCACGUGGCUUGAGGUGCUAUGUGUCAAGUCGCAUAGCUGUGAAGGCUGGAGCGUCAUCUCAGAGAGCCGAGCCGGCUGAGCCUUCAAGUAGGGUCCCGUUGGUUGACAUUGGUGCGAACAUGUUGGAUCCGAUGUUUCAAGGAAUCUACAGAGACAAGAGGCGCCACCCGGAAGAUUUGCCAGCAGUUUUGACAAGAGCUCUCUCAGCGGGUGUCAGCAAACUCAUGGUUACAGCUGGAACUUUACAAGAGAGCCUUGAUGCGGUAGAAUUUUGUCGCAAUGCAAACUCCUCAGAUUGGCCAGAACUUUGCUGCACUGUGGGUGUCCAUCCUACACGCUGCUGCGAAUUCGAGCAUACAAACGACCCUGAAUCCUACUUAGAGAAUUUGCUGGCUGUAGCAAAAAGAGCGGGCAGCGUCUGUGCUGCAGUGGGUGAAUGUGGCCUUGACUACGACCGAUUACAGUUUUGCCCUCGCGAAACUCAGCUGAAGUACUUCGAGAGGCAGCUGCUUGGCUUGGCAAUCCCUCUACAGAAGCCGCUCUUCUUACAUUGUCGGACCCGCGAGGCAGCCAGUGAUUUGAUAAGCUUUCUGACAAAGGUCCGCAAAGAGCUGCCUGCAUGCCCGGGGGUUGUGCAUAGCUUUGACGGAAGCCUCGAAGAUGCACAGAGAUUUUUAGAGUUAGGUUUCUUCAUUGGAGUCAACGGAUGCUCUUUGAAAACUGACGAGAACCUCGAAAUGGUGAAAGGCCUUCCUGAGGAUCGCAUUCUGCUGGAGACGGAUGCACCUUGGUGUGGAAUAAAGGCCAGCCAUGCUGGCCAUGGAUUCAUUCAGACGACCUGGGAUGAGGUGAAGAAGCCCGAAAAGUGGGAAGAGGGCAAAUGCAUCAAGGACCGCAGCGAGCCUUGCCAUAUGAGACAGGUGCUGGAAGUGGUCGCCGGAUGUCGUGGCACUAGCCCAGAGACUUUGGCCGAAGCUGUCCAUCACAGCAACAAGAUCUUUUUUGGAUCUGGCGCAUGCGGAGAGAAAAGGGGGGCUGGGUGCCUGAGCACAGUGCUGUCAGCCGCACUCAAAGCACAUUGCCAAUGA